AGUACUUUCUAUCUCUAUCAGACCAGUAACCCUCCUUCGGCAUUCAUUUUUCUCAAAAAUUGGAUGAAGUGAGAUAGCUGAAUCAUUAACAUCCAAAGUUGGUAGGUCAGCCACCUUGUAUCCCCUUUUAAAUGGCUCAUCACUGUUUGGAUUUCCGUGUGGUAAAGACUGGAUGUUGCUGGUAGAGGGCUUAGAAUCACAGUGUGUAGUGGCGUGGGUUAGCAAUGUAGCUAUAAGGACAUAUCCCGGGGUUGGGACGGGGGUAAGGGGUACGGGGGUAGGAGGGUCGCAGAGGGGUAGUGUAGUGUCACAUGUGCGUUUCGGCUCAUGGAACAUAGGGACCCUCACAGGUAAGUUUAUUGAGUUGGUGCAAGUUCUCAAGAGAAGAAGGAUUCAGGUGGCAUGCGUGCAAGAAACCAGGUGGGUGGGCACUAAGGCGCGAGAGGUUGAUGGUUUCAAACUGUGGUAUUCAGGUUCAGCUAGGGGAAGGAAUGGAGUCGGCAUUUUGGUGGCGCCGGAGCUGCGGGAGUUUGUGGUGGAGGUGAAGAGGAUUAGCGAUCGUCUGAUGUUUAUCAAGUUGGUUUUGGGUGGGUGUGCGAUCAAUGUCAUGAGUGCUUACGCCCCGCAUGUUGGCCUGGCAGACGAAGUAAAGAGGGAGUUUUGGGACGCCUUGGAUGGGGUGGUUGUUGGUUUUCCACUGACUGAGAAAGUCGUCAUUGGAGGCGACUUCAAUGGCCAUAUUGGAGAGUCGGCCGAUGGCUUCAAGGACGUGCACGGUGGUUUUGGCUUUGGCAGCAGGAACCCAGCGGGAGUUUCACUCUUGGAGUUUGCCAGAGCGAGUGAUAUGGUGGUUGCUAACUCUUGUUUCCCUAAACGAGACGACCAUUUGGCUACAUUUGUUAGUGGAGUGUGGACGACACAGAUCGACUAUCUUCUCCUGCGCAGGUGUGAUCGGGUGCUCUGCAAGGAUGCUAAAGUAAUUCCGAGUGAAAAUGUCACUACCCAACACAAGCUUCUCGUGAUGGAUGUUAUGAUCAGGUGGGAAAAACAUAGGAGAGCUUCGAGUGGCAACACACAAAUCCGGUGGAGGAGACUAAGUGCGGAGAAUAUCGCUGAGUGGACCAGGCGAGUGCAGGAGAGAGGUGCGUGGGAAUCGACCGGAGAGGCUACUGAUAUGUGGGUGCGGACUGCUAACUGCAUCAGGGAAACAGUCAGGGAAGUGUUAGGUGUGAGCUUUGGCUCUAGGAGUAGGCGUCAGGGUGAUUGGCGGUGGAGCGAUUCAGUCCGAAGUAAGGUGGAAGCCAAGAAGGCGGCGUAUUUGAGGUACAUGGGCUGCAAUGUUGAGGAGGAAAGAGCGGCGUUACAAGUGGAGUACAAGAAAGCACGCAAAGAAGCUAAGUUAGAGGUAACGAGGGCAAAGAAUGCCGCUUUUGAACGCCUCUACAAGGAUAUUGAGGAGAAAGGCAGUGUUAAUCCACUGUUCCGGCUUGCUAAGGUGCGUGAGAGAAAGGCCCGAGAUCUGGAUUGCGUGAGAUGCGUGAAGGGUAGCGAUGGUAGAGUGUUAGUUGAGACUGCCAAGACAGCAAGGAUGCCUGAUGAGUGGAGGGAGAGUCUCUUGGUCCCUCUGUUUAAAGGCAAAGGUGACAUUCAGAGCUGCGAGAAUUACAGAGGCAUCAAACUGCUUAGCCACACCAUGAAGGUUUGGGAGCGAAUCAUUGAGUAUAGGGUGCGGAAAGGGGUUUGCAUCUCUGAGAACCAGUUUGGUUUCAUGCCUGGCAGAUCGACUACAAAGGCCAUUCAUCUCGUGAGGAGGUUAAUGGAAGAGUAUAGGGCUAGGAAGAAGGACCUUCAUAUGGUGUUUAUUGACCUUGAGAAGGCGUAUGAUAGGGUGCCAAGGAAGGUCUUAUGGAGGUGCCUUGAGGCGAGGGGAGUUCCCAUCGUGUACACUCGCGCGAUCAAGGAUAUGUACGAUGGGGCUAUGACCAAGAUAAGGACUUCCGGGGGCGACUCAGAUUCUUUCUCGAUAGGGAUGGGGUUGCACCAGGGCGGCCGGGAUACAGAAUCAGAGGUGGAAGCUGAUGGGGAGUUAGAUGCGGAUGUUGGACAUCGUGUUGGAGUGGCUUGGGCCAAAUGGCGGUUAGCUUCAGGGGUGUUGUGUGAUCCGAAGAUUUCACUUAGAAUGAAAGGUAAGUUCUAUCGAUCCGUAGUCAGACCCGCUAUGUUAUAUGGGGCAGAGUGUUGGGCGGUUAAGAAGACUCAUGUGCAUCGUCUGCAUGCGGCGGAGAUGCGGAUGUUACGAUGGAUGUGUGAGAAGACAAGGUUGGAUAGGAUUUCGAACGAAGUUAUCCGACGUCAGGUAGGCAUGGCACAGGUGGAAGAUAAGUUGCGGGAAGCGAGGUUGAGAUGGUUUGGCCAUGUGAGACGGCGGGAUGCUGACGCCCCUGUACGGAGAUGCGAGAAGAUUACGGUUAUCGGGGGAAGUAGGGGAAGGGGUAGACCUAGGAAGAAUUGGAAGGAGGUGAUUAGGCAGGAUUUAGGACUUCUUGACCUGACUGAGGAUAUGGCCCUAGAUAGGAACCUUUGGAAAACUAGGAUUAGAGUAGCUGGAUAGGAGCUCGGUGUUGUAGAGGUGGAGCCGGGGGUCUCUUGAAAACAGCCUCCCUACUUCUGAGUAGGGGCAAGGUUUAGCUAAUAGUGGUGUAGCAUUCCCCGUGGGCUGGUUGAAAGAAUUUGAAAACCUGUUAGAGUUUCCCCGAAAUGUUUAUUGCCUCCAUAGGUCUUUGUUGCAACUGCACUCCUUUCAUUACUCAAACUUAUCAGUGUAAUCCUUUAAGCUUCCAGCCUGACACAACUUCUUAGAUUCUUCAGCCACAUCAUUGUCAACAGCAUCAAAUCUAGUGCAUACAUCAAUAAUGAAUUCCUCCCAUU